GUGAUUUCAUCACGAGAAUCACAUCGGUGCAGUUGCAGCUGAGACGUGAUCAAGUCCUUGAACAGAGCAUCGUUUUAGGCAUUUGUGGUUCUUUCUGAAGAUUGAUGCGACUGCUCACGAUGUGCUGCUUCCUGUUUGUACUCCUGGCUCUUACGCCGCGUGUUCUUACAGUGGAUCCCGGCGUUAAAGCCGUUCUCACAGACAAAGGACUUCACUACGCAUCCCAUGUAGGGGCAGCCUUUCUUCAGGAAAACAUGAACAAAGUAAACAUCCCAGACAUCGAAGGUGACAUCAGCAUUGGCCUGCUGGGCUCCGUACACUAUCGACUGACAGGUAUGACCGUGGUUCAGGUCAACCUUCCGGAGCCUACAGUCUCCUUCUUAGAAAGUACAGGAGUUAAAGUUGGGAUGGAUGGUGUCAACAUUGCCCUGCAAGGCAAAUGGCAUACACACUACACUUUCAUAAAUGAUGGAGGCACCUUCAACUUAGCUGUGCUAAACAUAGGAAUGUCUGCAGUGCUCCAGCUGGGAAGUGAUGAACACGGUCAGCUGAAUAUGACCAACAGCCAGUGUGAUUCCAGCAUUGGUGGGACACAAAUCAACUUUCACGGUGGAGCCAGCUGGCUCUUCCAACUUUUUGUGAAUAGUUUUAAAGGCUUCAUAACGGAAGAAAUUCAAAAACGGAUUUGCCCUAUGAUAAAGCAGUCUGUUGAAACCCUGGAGAAUGGUCUCGCGGAUAUUCCAGUGUCAUUCCGGGUAACUCAAAAUCUGCUUGUCGACAUUCCUCUUCUCGUCUCACCCAUUGUGCAAAGCUCUGACAUGGAGCUGGAUUUUAAGGGGGAGUUCUACAGUGUCAAUCAUCACACCGAGCCCCCCUUCUCUGCCGGACCAUUCGAACUCCCCCAGCCAGCAGGAUUCAUGCUGGCUGUUGGCUUGUCUGAGUUCUCCAUCAACUCUGCCUUCUACGCCUACUUUUCUGCAGGCCUAUUGAAAGUCAACAUCACAGAUAACAUGAUUCCCAAAUUUUCACCCAUCCGCCUCAACACCACGAGCUUUGGGAUUUUCAUCCCUCAGCUUCCCAAGAUGUUCCCAAACUUACUCAUGCUCCUGCAGCUGUACACCACCAACACUCCAAUGACCUCCUUACGCUCAGAUAAUGUGACAUUAAGUGUCUCUGGCUCAUCCAAGGCAUACUGUAUUCAACCUAACAACACCUUGACUCCAUUAUUCAGACUGGACAUGAACAUCAGUUUCAGCAGCAAACUGUUCAUCUCAGAGGAAAAACUGAAGGGAUUGGUGGUGUUAAAUAAUUUCACUUUAACUCUGGGAUCCAGCGAGAUCGGACCUUUUCAGACUGGAUCUCUGAGGGACGCUUUGUUAAAAGGCAUCAAAAUGUUUCUCUUGCCUAAGGUUAACGCAAAAUUGAACACUGGCAUUCCUGUACCAGUUACAAAAAACAUCCAGUUGGUCAAUUCUGUCCUGAAGGUGAAUGAGGGAUUUAUGGAGAUCGCAACAGACGCUGUGAUUUCACCUCCAGAGCCAAGAAACUAAGAAGUUUAAAGUUAACGGUGAAGGACAAGAGCGCUUACUGGGAAUAGCUUCACUUUUUAUAACUCAGGUUUCUCAACAUUAAUGUUGAACUGCAUUCUAAUCACCUUUAAAGUAUUUAACAGUGCUGGGGCAAACGCUGUAGUGGAAGAGCAGUUAAUGCUAUUUAGACUUCAGAAAGUUUAUUGCUUUUUAAAUUAUGUAAAAAUUUAUAGAUUUAAACAAUUGUACAAUGGCAAACAACAUGUAAAGGAAGAUGAAAACAGUGCAAGACAAAUACGAGGUAUUCCAAACUGACAAAGCAUUGAUUUCCCUUUGCUGUAAGGUUUCUGACCAUGUUGCUCUGAAUACAGCCUCUACUGGCCAUGUCA